GGGUUCACUGCAGUGAGCAGAUUCAUCUGAGCGAAUCCACUCUAGUCCACUCUCUAGAGCUAACCCUAAGUUAACAAUGGCAUUCGCCGGAAUCCUGAAUGAGGCUGACAUCACUGCAGCCCUUGCAGCUUGCCAAGCUGCCGACUCUUUCAAGCACAAGGACUUCUUUGUUAAGGUUGGCCUGGCUGGUAAGUCUGAUGAUGACGUCAAGAAGGCCUUUGCUGUCAUUGACCAGGACAAGAGUGGCUUCAUUGAGGAGGAUGAGCUGAAGCUGUUCCUGCAGAACUUCUCUGCCAGUGCCAGAGCUCUGACCGACGCUGAGACUAAGGAGUUUCUCAAAGCCGGUGACUCUGAUGGUGACGGCAAGAUCGGAGUUGAUGAGUUUGCUGCCUUGGUCAAGGUUUAAAUGAACAAACUGACCAACAUCUUACUUCACUACUCUAAAGGAACAACUUGAGCCAAGACUAACCCUCCUCUCUUCUCCUCUUCCCUCUCACUCUCUCUCAACUCUCCACACCACUUUUAUACACUUGACCUUUCACCUCCCUCCAGACCAUAAACAACCUGCUCCCUCUGUCUCUUCCUCUCUCUCUCUCUUUCUCUCCCUCUCUCUCCCUCUCUGGCCGUGCUCACCCCUUUGCUGUCCACAAUGAAUGUACCUGACUAAGUGUAUAGCGUGGCUGACUUGUGUCUUUCUCUCUCUCUCUCUCACUUCUGUCGUCGUUUUACUAUGUGAGUUUUGCUUACCGUGAGAUCAGUGACGAUGCACUUUUAUGGGAAACGGACGGACGAUGAGAAAACAAUAAAGGUUCUUUUUCAAUAACACAA